UUCGACAUUGUUCUCGCUUCCCUGUAGCUAAUAAGUGAUGGGAGUAAGAAGAAGAUGAUGAAAACUAGCUUUGUUGAAAUCGUUGAAAUCCCACCUGGAAAGCAUGUAUGUUCCUUUAUGGCUUCCAGCUUUUCCUGAUGUGGAUUGAAAGGGGACUAGAUCCUUGGGGAGCUUUGUUGAGUUUGCAGAGGAAACUUGUCUGUAGAAUCUCCUCAGGGAGUCUUGUUUGUGGGGAGUUAUGGAUGAGUAGAAAUGGCUUAUCAGUGAAAGAGGCAUUUGCUCCUGGCAUGGAGGCUGCAAGAGAUGGGGUUUUCAGUGAGUUGAUGAAGAAAAAACCUGUUGCUCUAUCUAAGCUCAGAACCAAGAAGAAGUUUCUUGGAGAACCUUUGGAUCUUACUCAGCAGAUGAAGGGUGAAGAUACAUCCAUAUCGUUGCUUGAAGAAGAUAGAGAUGACUAAAGGAGGCAGAGUUUGUUUUGAAACAGUGCAUGGAGAACCCAGUAGAC